AUGUAUAAACAUAACAAAGUGGAGAUUUAGACUCAAUCAACAGACCAAACUGCCAACAAAAGAAAAUUAGUGAGAGUGAGCCGCGGGAACGGGAUAGAAUCAUAGAACAACGCUUGGGUAGUCUCCCGCCAACAAGAAGGAGCAUCAUCAUCCUCCAAACAGACAAACCGCAAGGUAGUCUCCCGCCACCGAAUGCCGGAAAGCGAUCUGACAGCUCCGUUGCUUCAGCUAGUGACGGGAAGGUUGAAAAGUCGAACCAUCUGAGAAUUCAGAGCUCUCUCUCUCCCGGACACGCACAGAGGAAGGAGAAAGGAAUUAAUUCUUUCGUGGUUUUCACUAAUCUCUUUCCACUUUUCUUUUUGUCUAUUCCAAGCUUUCGAUCGUCUUUUAGUCUUGGGUAGUCGUCGUUCUCCUCAAAAUAUUCGGUGCUCUCUCGAAUGUCCCGGAGAGAGGGGCCAUGGAACGGGCACGGCUUCGAGUGGUCUCAGCCUUACUCAUGCUGUCUUCUAUCGGAAUUAUUUAUCUCUCAUUUUCAUCUUUCUGUUCUUCGUUGGAAGUUCGUGGAGAUCCCGACAAUUACCGUCGAUCGUUCCAUGGCAGCGGCCGUCGCAGGGGUCCCUCGAUUAUUUUGCCGCUAUUCCUCUCAUUUCCCAAUUCCUCUCGGACGUUCGUCGAGGGAAAGUUCCGUCGACAGCUGCAGACGGCAGAGCAUCAACCCUCUAACGCCCACAUGAGGCUUUACGACGAUCUCCUUUCAAAUGGUUACUACACGACCCGUCUUUGGAUCGGAACGCCUCCUCAGGAAUUCGCUCUUAUUGUUGAUUCGGGGAGUAGUGUUACUUAUGUUCCUUGCUCUACAUGCGAACAGUGUGGCAAGCACCAGGAUCCAAGGUUUCAGCCAGACUUGUCAAGCACUUACGAACCUGUAAAAUGCAAUGUGGGUUGUUAUUGUGACGAUGAUAGAGUAUAUUGCACCUAUGAGAGACAAUAUGCUGAAAUGAGCUCUAGCAGUGGUGUGCUCGGUGAGGACAUUAUAUCCUUUGGCAAUGAAAGUGAGCUUAUGCCCCAACGUGCUGUUUUUGGCUGUGAAAAUAUUGAAACUGGUGAUCUUUACAGUCAACAUGCUGAUGGUAUAAUGGGGUUGGGCCAUGGUCAACUUAGUAUUGUGGACCAACUAGUUGAAAAGGGCAUAAUCAGUGAUUCAUUUUCGUUAUGUUAUGGUGGGAUGGAUGUUGGUGGGGGUGCAAUGGUUCUUGGUGGGUUUCCUCCUCCCCCUGACAUGGUCUUUUCCAAUUCAGACCCUGGGCGUAGUCCAUAUUACAAUAUUGAGCUGAAGGAAAUACAUGUGGCUGGAAAGCCAUUGCAAUUGAAUCCAAAGAUAUUUGAUGGAAAAUACGGAACUGUCCUGGAUAGUGGUACAACAUAUGCUUAUCUACCAAACAAAGCUUUUAAAGCAUUUAAAGAUGCUAUUAUUAAGAAACUUCGUCUCCUCAAACAAAUUCGUGGUCCUGAUCCAAAUUAUAAUGAUAUUUGCUUUUCUGGUGCUGGAAGUGAUGUCUCCUUGCUCUCAAAGACCUUCCCAGCAGUUGACAUGGUAUUUAGCAAUGGUGAAAAGCUGUCACUAGCUCCAGAAAACUACUUGUUUCGGCAUUCAAAGGUUCGCGGUGCAUAUUGCCUGGGUAUUUUCCAGAAUGGAAAAGAUCCAACGACUCUCCUGGGGGGGAUCAUUGUCCGCAAUACUCUUGUAACUUACGACCGCGAGAAUGAGAAGAUUGGUUUUUGGAAAACUAAUUGUUCUGAAUUGUGGAAGAGACUGCAUAUUUCUAAUGCUUCUUCGCCUGCGCCUUCCAUUUCCUACAGCAAGAAUUCAACUACAGUAACAUCACCUAGUUUGGCCCCUAAUGGAAUGCCUAGCAAUAUUAUUCCAGGUGAAUCCCGAGUUGGACUAAUAAUGUUUGAUAUGUCAUUGAGUGUCAAGUACUCAGACAUGGCUCCACACAUCACGGAACUUGCAGAAUUUAUUGCACAUGAGUUAGAUGUUAAUACUUCACAGGUUCAUUUAUUGAAUUUUUCCAGCAAAGGAAAUGAUUCUAUAAUAAGAUGGGCCAUAUUUCCAGCAGAAUCUGCUGAUUACAUUCCUAAUCCCGUGGCAAUGAGCAUAAUUGUGCAGUUAACUGAACAUCAUAUGCAUCUUCCUGAUGCAUUUGGAAAUUAUCAGUUGGUUGAUUGGAAAGUGGAACCACCAAGAAAAAGGAAAUGGUGGAAGCAACACUUAGCGAUGGUAAUAGGAGCUAUUAUUACGUUAGUUAUUUGUUUAUCUGCUCUUGGAAUAUGGUUUAUUUGGAGACAUAAACAUCGAGUAUUUGGUAUGUAUAAGCCCAUUCAUUCUACUGUUCCCGAACAUGAGCUCCAGCAGCUGUGAAGACUGUCAAUUGGGAGUUUGGAUCUCCUACCAAAAAAAUGGAGUCAACUUAAUUUUCAUUGAGUUCAA